AUGGGGGCCGAACACUUGACCAUUCGUAAUCUCACUUCUACGCCAAUUACUCUGAAGCGCAUUGAGCGCUUUCUGCCACAUCACAAUCCUCGCAAUGAGUUCCAGAGUUUUGCAAAAAACUUCACCCGAGUCUUGACCAAUGUGACCCGCACCAAUGCACCAGUGGCCAUCAUCAACGAUGGCGACGAGCCCUUUGUUCAUGAGGAUGUUGAUAUCCAUAUCGAACCGUUUCAGACAAUUCACACCGAGAUUCGCACGUGUAUCGAGUCGGACAAAGAACGCUUGCGCUGGUUCUUCGAAGUGGAAGGGGAGAGACAUCGAAUCCAGACUCCGGUGCCUACGUCCGAGUCCGCCACUAUGAAGGCACUAUGCGACGAACCUCGUUUUAAACUUACUGGCGUCUAUGUCACGCCCGAGUCACACCUCUCAAUCUACUCUGCGGCCAAUUUGAAUGCGUGGAUGGGCGAGUUAAAGGACGACACUUUACUCUCCUCGCUUUCGAUCCCGGGCACCCACAAUUCUCCCACCUGCCAUGUUGCGCCACCAUCUGUUCGUUGCCAGGCAGUCAGCCCACGAGAGCAACUUCAAAAUGGUGUUCGAUUCUUCGACAUCCGUGUACAGCCGCAGUACCCAGAAGAUGCCGACAAGGAUGAGCUCAUCCUAGUGCACAGCGUCUUCCCCAUCUCCCUAACAGGAAACAAAUAUUUCCGUGACCUGAUGCGGGACGUCAACGAAUUCCUCGAUCAAAACCCGUCAGAAACACUGAUAAUCUCCCUUAAACGCGAGGGACCCGGCGAACACACCGACCAACAACUCAGCCGGAUCCUAAGCGACCACUACGCCCGCCCAGACAGUCGGUGGUACACUAAUCCCAAAAUACCCACUCUCGGCGAGGUGCGCGGGAAAGUCGUCCUUCUCCGUAGGUUCGAACCCCUAGAUCAUCUCAAGGACAUCCACGGAGGCGAAGGCUGGGGCAUCUGCGCCUCCGGUUGGGCCGAUAACUGCGCCAACGCGACUUGUCCCAGCGGACAAUUGUGCAUCCAGGAUUUCUACGAGGUCAUGGAAACAGAGAAUAUCGGACAGAAGAUCCAGUAUGUCACGGAGCAUUGCUUCCGCGCUGCUGAGACCUGUUAUCCGUUCGGUAUACUUCCGGAUCCCGGGGCAACCAGGGCGCAUCCUUUCUAUAUCAACUUCUUGAGCGCGAGCAAUUUCUGGAAGCUUGGUACAUGGCCAGAGAAGAUUGCAGCUAAGCUGAACCCGGCCGCGGUUGACUAUCUCUGUCGGAAGCACGGUGAAAAGGAUGGUUGUGACUGGUCUACUGGUGUCCUGGUCACGGACUGGGUUGGCUUGGAUGGCGACUGGGAUCUUGUGCGAUGCAUUGUGGGCAUGAAUGCUCGGUUGAAGAUGAGGCAAGAGAGGCACGAAAGUGACAGCUAG